AUGAAAGACCAUGCAUGGUUCUUUAUAUUCAUAACUCUCCUGACCACUUUUUGGUUCCAGGCUACUUGUCACAUUCCAUCAUGGAAAAAGAAAUGGCGGAGCAAGAGCCGGAGCUUCAAUGAGCACCAAGCUUCUAAUGAAUCAAUGGCCAGCAUAUCUGUAUCCAAAAGACUGAAUAUGAUUGCCAUAAUGCACAGAGAAUUAGCGUUAGGAUACCUGUUGCUAUGGAGUAGACUGAUUAAGUGGUUUGAACGACAUCUCUUUUAUUCAGUGCUAUAG